UCACCCCGCGGUGUCUCCUCGCCUCGGGGGAGAGGGGAGGGAGGAGAGAUCGAGCUGCGGAGAGACGAGGAGGAGGAGGCGGCACGAGGAAGAGGAGGAGAGCCCCCAGGAGGCACGCACAGCGCCUGCCAUGGCUGCUGCUCCCAUGGCUGUUGCGCUGCAGCUGCUGCUGGUGACUCUGUCGCUGCUGCUGCUGCUGGCGGCUGUGGAGACUCAGCCCGACUCAGUGUUCGUGGACCCGCGGCGGGCGGCGCUAGUGCUGCGACGCACGCGCAGGAAGAACAGCGACUUUGAGGAGCUGCGUCCCGGGUCGAUCGAGCGCGAGUGUCGCGAGGAGACUUGCUCCUUCGAGGAGGCGAAGGAGGCGGUGGGGCACGAGCAGGCGAAAAUAUUCUGGGCUCGAUAUCGCCUAAGCCAAGGCGGCUUUCAGGGGCGCGCCCCGGCCCCGCGGGUCACCCCAUGCCGCCCCAACCCCUGCAAGAACGGCGGCCGCUGCUUGGAGCUGCGCUCGGCCGCCCGGUGCGUCUGCGCCGAGGGCUGGGAGGGAGACACCUGCCACGUCGAGAUCCGGUCGUGCGACAGGAACAACGGUGGCUGUGAGCACUACUGCGAGGCGAGUCGCAUCUACCGCCUGGUGUGCCACUGCGCUCGAGGAUACCAGCUCAGCGACAACGGCUUCAGCUGCGACCAGAUCGACUUGGGCGCUUGCGGGAGGACGGUCAUGGACCAGACGGGGCGAUCGCUGGGAGGGGACGGCGAUGUCUGGGAACCCGACCGCUUGGUCGCUGCCAAUGCCACCGCCGAUGCCACCGCCAAUGCCACCGCCAAUGCCACCGCUGCCACCAAUUCCUCCGCCUUCCCGGCGCCUCCCGAGCGGAUCGCGUCGCCGCUGCCGCCGCCGCCACAACCCCCCACAGAACAGGGGAGCGAAGCCCUGGCUGGUGGGGGGCCCCGGCCGAUGGAAUGGGGGCCCCCCCCGACGGGGGAACCGGAAGCGCAAGCCGCGUCCACCGUGACGCCAGACGGCAUGAGGAUCGUGGGAGGGUACAUUUGCCCGCGUGGGCACUGCCCUUGGCAGGUGCUGCUCACGGACCGGCGCGGCAACGGCUUCUGCGGCGGGACGCUGGUGUCGGCGCGCUGGGUGGUGACGGCGGCGCACUGCGCUCGCUACACCAAGCAAGUCCUCGUCCGCAUCGGCGAGCACGACGUGCGGCUGACCGAGGGCUCCGAGCAGAACCUGCCGGCCAACCUUAUCGUGCCGCACCCCAACUUCGACAGCGACACCUUCGACAGCGACCUCGCCCUCCUGCGGCUCAACUCGUCGGCACGCCUCGACCGCUACGCCGUGCCCGCGUGCCUGCCCGACCGCCGGCUCGCGGAGCUGCUCACCCAGCCCGGCACGCUGGGCGUCGUUUCGGGAUGGGGCCGUGAGCAGGAGCACGGCCGCAACUCGCGCUACCUGCAGUGGGUCGGACUGCCGGUGGUGCCCACGGCCACGUGUGCCCAGUCCACGGAGCAGAAAGUGACGCAGAACAUGUUCUGCGCGGGCUACGCCGCGGGGAGGCAGGACGCGUGCAAGGGCGACAGCGGGGGGCCCUACAUGAGCCGGCGGCUCGACACGUGGUUCCUCACCGGUGUCACGAGCUGGGGCGAGGGCUGCGCCCAACGCGGGAAGUACGGCGCCUUCACCCGCCUCGCCAACUUCAUCGACUGGAUUGAAGCCACCAUGCGCGAGAACGCAUCGUAACGGGCCCACGGACAGUCCCGGCGUGUGCAUUCGCCAAGCUUUAGCGCGUAGGUUGUUUUUCACAAUCAUGUUUUUUGGGUGAGAUCGCGUAAGUAGAACUGUGCCGUAACCCUCCACCACCCGACAGAUUGGUCACGUCAACAACGCGCCAGUCAGAUUGGUCACGUCAACAACGCGCCAGUUAGUUACGACUUCAGCACACCACCGGCGUGUUGGAGAGUAAAUCCACAACAUUUACAAUCUGAGUAGUACGACGUUUCGCUGGUAAAUACACCCAGCAUCAUCGGGCGAAUUGCCAGAAUAGUGAAGCAAUGCACCUGCUUCCAGUCUUCAAUAGAGCAGCAGCAGCAGGGCGAAGUCUUCACUGAGCCCACCAGGUGCAGAGAUCAGAGGCGGAGGUGGGGGGGAGUAUUGUAAUUCUAUAAUAGAUUAAUAAUCAGUUAAUUAGUAUGUUUCCUUUAUACGGAAUUGUAGUUGUAAGAUGUAUUACUGAAUAAUAUCCUUCCAGUCCGUACUAAGCCUAUAGCUGUCAGAGCGGUGAAAACUAUUUGUAUUUUACAGUCAAUGUUAUCCGAAUAUAUCGAAGUCAGCUCGAACCUGCCCGUGUGUCACCCGACUUGUGUCACCCGACUUGUGUGUGUGCGUGUGUGGCCGCGCACCCCCCCCCCUCCGAAUCCCUCCCCCUAAAUAAAAACAGACGCUGCUGCUACGUGCAGUGUCGAGGCCCUC